CCCAUACGGAAGGUCAGUCAUGUAAACAGGUCGUUACGGAGUAAUUUGUUCUCAAAUAGUAGUUUCCUUUGAUUAAUGCUACCAUUCCAGGGUGGAUACUGUGCCAACUUGUUUUGAUACAGUGACCUGUAUCAAUCCAGAGAGGCAGUGAAUUAACACGUAGUCAAUUCGCCGGAACAACAAUGAAUUACUCCCGGUUUCUGACAGCAGUCAGCGCUGCUAGGAGGCCCUCACCGAUCCGAUUGCUCACCGAGAUCCAGCAGCGCUCGCCCCCUUCAAUGAUCUCAUUGGCCGGUGGAGCCCCCAACCCCAACACCUUCCCCUUCCGCUCGGCCUCCUUCACCAUGAACGACGGCUCCACUUUUUCCUUCGACGAGUCGCUGAUGAAGAGGGCCUUGCAGUAUUCGGCCUCAACCGGGAUCCCAGAGCUGGUGGCCUGGAUGAAGAAGCUUCAGCGGGACCUCCACAACCCGCCCAGCGUGAGCUACAGUCCGGAGAGGGGUCAGAUGGACCUGUGUGUCACCACGGGCAGCCAGGAGGGCCUCUGCAAGGUGUUUGAGAUGCUGGUGAACCCUGGGGACAACGUGCUGUUGGACUCGCCUACGUACUCUGGCACGCUGGCUGCGCUCCAGCCGCUGGGCUGCAACCUGAUCAACGUGGCGAGCGACGAGCACGGCAUGGUGCCGGCGGCCCUGAAGGAGGUGCUCUCCCGCUGGGACCCCGCCGACGUGCACCAGCCGGGCAGCACGGCCCCCCGGCUCCUCUACACCAUCCCCAACGGGGGGAACCCCACCGGCGCCUCCAUGACCACGCAGCGCAAACAGGAAGUGUACGAGCUGGCCAGGCUGUACGACAUGCUCAUCAUCGAGGACGACCCCUACUUCUUCCUGCAGUUCGACAAGCCCUGGGCGCCCUCCCUCCUCUCCAUGGACGUGGACGCGCGGAUAAUACGCACCGACUCCUUCUCCAAGAUCCUGUCGUCGGGCCUGAGGAUAGGCUUCGUGACGGGGCCCGCGCCUCUGGUCAAAAGGGUGGAGCUCCACAUCCAGGCCUCCACCAUGCACACCAGCACCUUCACUCAGCUCAUGGUCUCUGAGCUGGUGCACAGCUGGGGCCAAGAGGGCUUCCUCAAGCACAUAGAUGGGGUCAUUGAGUUCUACAGCAAGCAGCGAGACGCCAUGAUGUCCUCAGCGGACAAGUGGCUGAAAGAUGUAGCGGAAUGGCACGCCCCCUCUGCAGGCAUGUUCCUGUGGAUCAAGCUGAAGGGCAUCGCCGACACCCAGCAGCUUAUCAUGGAGAAGGCCAUCGAGAAAGAGGUGUUAAUGGUUCCUGGGGGCGUGUUCAUGAUUGACAGCUCCAAGCCCUGCCCCUACGUGAGAGCGGCCUUCUCCCUCUCCACACCACAACAGAUAGACGAGGCCUUCAGGAGGCUGUCCCUGCUCAUCAGAGAGGCUCAGUGACGACCGAGGCCCACUGGGAGAGGAAGUACUAGUCCCUGGGGGGGCUGGGGAUCUAUUUCUGGCUCAUGAUGUUUGGUGUAAUGUAGCAUAGGCAAAGCGGUACAAUGACAACAAAACAUAUGGGAGAAGAGAAAGGGAUGUUCUUUUCACUGUUGUUGGGGUCCUGCUGUUAUUACACAGGAUUUCCUUGAAGGUUUUUUAAAGUAAACAAUGCGUAUAUGUCAUUGCGCAGAAUGUCAUUGAUUAUGAAUGUGACUCUGUGAUUUGUGUGGUAAGGGUCAGUAUGUACGGGAGACCGUGUAACCAAUACCAGUCAUUGAUAGCUGUAAGGAGCAGGAUUAUAUUAUUUAUUGUUGUUUGCAUACACAAAAAUAACCUCACUCGAGAUCUUGGCUAAUAAACUUCCUCUCGCAAACACUCGAGCAAUACACUACACUGUCAGAAAGGUGAACAAGUGUUGUAUCAUGUUUGUUUAUAACUCAGGAUUCCAUCUUGUCCUCUGAUAACAAUCGGACGCUUGUGACAAUCUAGCACUGUGUUUCUGAGAUGAAUCUAGGGGAAAACGAACACAUUUUAUCAUUACCAACAGGGUGAAGGUUUACUUGGCGAAUCCAACCGGGCGACAAAUAUUGCAAAAAAACCUGCUUAUCGAGAUCAUAAAGUGUGGACACAUAACGCAGGACGACAUGUCCUUUGUGCUUUCAUUCACCCUUCUUGACAGAGCUCCUGAAAUACUCUUGCUCAGCCGAGAGAAAGGAUACCAUAGCCUCUAAAAUACUGAUGAAACGCCCAAACUCUACAACACAUGAAUUACCCAAUAAUAAUGAGGAUGUCAUUAUGUCGGUGUACACUGCUGAUAAAUAAAAAAGAAAAGAAAAGUGAAUUUUGA